AUGGAGUCACGAUUUGACACAAUUGAAUCGCGCAUGGAGGAGAUGUUCCGAUCGAGGAGACGCUACAGCGCUUCGAUUCCCGAAUUGAUGCGCUCAUCGGCCGGAAGCCGCGGCGCGCCGGAGCAAUGGCGAAAGCUGGAACUUCCGAUCUUCCGCGGAGACGAUGCGGUGGUUUGGGUUGAACGCAUGGAGCAAUUCUUCUUGCUGCGCACAGUGCCAGAGGAGGAAUGGCUUACGGUCGCCACCUUUGCAAUGGAAGGAAGGGCAUUCACGUGGUUCAGGUGGUGGGAGGCGACGGCGCCGGUGCUGCAGUGGCGGUUUUUCAGUGCGGCGCUGCUACGACAUUUUCAACCAGAACGGCUAAAGAGCCCUUAUCAAGCGCUGCUGAAGCUGAAACAGACAAACUCAGUGCGGGACUACGUUGACCAGUUCGUGCUUCACGCAUGGCCCCUCCAUGGAAUUGCGCCAGAAUUGCUGAUGGAUCUCUUCUUGAAUGGGCUGAAACCAGAAGUAGGGGAAGAAUGUAAACUGUUCCCAUACCAGUCAGUAGACGAGUUAAUGGAACUGGCACAGAAAGUCGAAAACCGCAACGCUGCCUUGCGAGGGGCAUCGGGACGCGGUAAAUCACUGGCCCCCAACUUCGCCGUUGCCAAUUCAACCGCCACAAAAGCAGUGCACCACGCUACAACGUCCAACUCUGCAGCAAGCAACAGCGUGGAGUCUACGACGGAUCCCUUGCAACAACGCGGAUUGAGACAUCUCAGCAACGAGGAAUAUAGAGCUAAGCGGGCCAAGGGGGAAUGCUUCCUCUAUGACGAACCAUACACUGCAGAUCACAAUUGCAAGAAUAGAGAGUUCAAGCUUUUAAUCAUGGAGCCAGACGUUGAAACGGAUUGGUUACAGCAUGAGGCAGUUCCGGAAACAGGGGAACAGGAACAAUUGGAGCUCAAAUUCAUGAGCUUUAGUGGACAUCACAAGUCAAUCAAAGCCUGGGCAGAGGUAAAUGGCCGCCGUGUACGCGUUCUCAUAGAUUGUGGAGCUUCGGACAACUUCGCGACACCAGAGAUUAUCACCGAGUUGGGCCUGAGAAUUGACAACACCCCUAAGUUCCAGGUCAGGGUAGCGGACAGUACCAAUGCAGGGGGACAGGGAAGGUGUUUGGGUGUCACGCUCCAAUUCAAGGAAGUGGCAAUUAAGGAAGAUUUCUUCAUCUUCCCAACUGACGAAGCGGAAUUUGUCCUGGGACUGGCGUGGCUAGAUAAGUUGGGAGACGUUCUCGCAAACUUCAAAAAAUCUCGCCUUCGAUUUCGGAAUGGGGACAGCAUGGUUACAUUGCAGGGGGACCCAGAGCUGUGCUAUGGAGGUAUGCACCUUCAAUCUGCAGUUUUGUCCAUUCAAAAAGGGGGAGAAGGAUUUAUGGUCCAGCUAUGGCCCAUGACUUUGCAAGCGGCUACGGUAUCGCAGGUGCCGCAGGUAAUCGAAUCAGUGUUAGCUUCUCAUGCUAAGGUGUUUCAGACAUUACCGGGGCUGCCACCACAUCGCUGCCAUGAUCAUGCCAUUCCACUGAUAGAAGGAGCUUCAGUUCCGAAUAUAAGACCUUAUCGUUACCCGCACCAUCAGAAAGCAGUAAUUGAACUAAUGGUACGAGAAAUGCUGGCCUCGGGGAUAAUUCAACCAAGCUCCAGCCCCUACGCGAGUCUGAUAUUAUUGGUGAAGAAAAAGGACGGCAGCUGGAGAUUUUGUGUCGAUUAUAGGGCGUUAAAUGGUAUUACGGUGCCGGAUAAAUUUCCUAUUCCCGUCAUUGAUGAGCUACUCGAUGAAUUGGCGGGAGCUACAGUUUUCUCUAAGCUGGAUUUAAAAUCGGGGUACCACCAAAUUUGGAUGAGGGAUCAAGACAUCCACAAGACCGCCUUCCGCACUCAUGAGGGCCAUUAUGAGUUUCUAGUCAUGCCCUUCGGCUUGACCAACGCCCCUAGCUCCUUCCAAGCCUUGAUGAAUGACAUUCUUAAGCCUCUAUUGCGAAAAUUUGUCUUAGUCUUUUUCGAUGAUAUCCUCAUCUACAGUCAGGAUAUGGCUAGCCAUGCCCUUCAUCUCCAACAAGUUUUCCAGAUUUUAGUGGAGAACCAGCUGGUGUUGAAUGAGAAGAAAUGCACAUUCGCAGUGAGCUUGGUGGAGUACUUGGGCCACAUUAUCUCAGUACAAGGCGUCUCGGCGGAUCCUAACAAAACCACAGCGAUGCUAGGGUGGCCGGUGCCUACGGACCAGCGAGCUUUACGGGGAUUCUUGGGCCUUACCGGCUAUUAUAGGCGAUUUGUGCAAGGAUAUGGAGUAAUUGCUAAGCCGUUAACGGAGUUGACAAAGCGAAAUGCGUUUGAAUGGAAUGACAAGGCACAGGAGGCUUUCGAGAGAUUGAAGAGGCUGAUGGCAGACCUACCAACUCUAGCAGUUUCGGAUUUCAAUCAAGACUUUGUUUUGGAAACGGAUGCAUCGAGUGAGGGGUUGGGUGCGGUGCUGUCCCAGCAAGGCAGACCAAUAGCAUUCCUAAGCCAAGCACUAUCUCCAAGGGCCCGACAAAAAUCUGCAUAUGAGAGGGAGUUGAUGGCCAUUGUCUUCGCUGUCCAAAAGUGGCGGCAUUACUUGUUGCGUCGCCAUUUUAUUGUUCUCACAGAUCAGCGAAGUCUGAAGUUCCUCACGGACCAGCGACUCAUGGACCCAACUUACUUGAAGUGGACCAUUAAAUUGUUAGGCAUGGAUUUUGAGAUCCGAUACCGGCCAGGCCUUGAGAAUAGGCAGCAGAUGCGUUGUCACGGUAAAUGA